CCAUCUUGAAGGCACGGUAACGAUGCUCGAAGAAUCGAAAUCGCUCAUACACAUCGCGGCACGUGUAGGAGAUCCCCGUAUCAGCCGUGAGAGCACCGGUUACAUGCUCUAGGAGAUCGUACGGCAUGACCGAACCAUCCCACUUACCUACGUUCUUCGAUUGUAUGAUGAGAGACAGCAUGAGAGAGUCAAUUUCAGAGGUCCAUUUUGACUUGUAGAAGAACACAUCCUGACUAGGAAUUUUGUCCACCAUUUUUUUUGAAUAAGCUAUGUGUCGAAUGAGGAAUUGUCUGAUAAUGUUCCAUAUUAAAUAGUGGGGCAUGAGGGAAUACUGUGGUACAUAGAGUUGUCAUUCAUUGAUCAAAUCACCCUCUUUUCUUGGCUUUUAUCAGCCAUGCGAGAAUCAUAUUGUAGCCUUUACUGGUUGUCCUGGAGCUCUUUUUCCAUAUUCUCAAGUCAUGUGAAACCCUAUAUAAUAUGUAGGAGAACGCCUAUAUAGGAUACACUGGUGAAUUGGGAGGUAAAUAGCAGGCCCUGUGUGCGUCGGUGCCCUCAUGAGCGGUCCGAAAUAGAUGACUACACUUCCCGUGAACGAGUAUCCAACGCAUUUGAAACCCUCAUUUUCGAAGAUAAUUUGCCAUAGUGAUGGCUACUUUCGUUUGAGGUUUCCCCAACCGUGGUUUGAUAUGUACGGAGCUGAUAUUCCUGCUGUGUGUAAUCUACAAAUGCCAAAUGGCAUAACAUCGACAGUUGGGAUAACAAAAAUCGGCCAAGAAGCUUACCUCGAAGACAAUUGGCGUAAUUUCUGUCACAGCCACACUGUCGAGAUAGGGGACACCUUAUUCUUCAGCCAUCACGGGGGCCCUCAUCUCAAAAUUCUUAGGUUUAAGUGGAACGGAUGCAUGCCGGAUAGCGACAUAAUUGGUACUGGGCAUGCACCAGGGUUGACUGGAAUCAGACGUAAUUACCCGUCGGGCGGUGAGAGCGAUGACAGUGAACCUGCAGAGGGGUUGAGUGGAAACCGGGGUUCCUAUCCGUCAGAUACGGAGAGCGAAUACGGUGAUCCAGAUGCAUUCACAUGUGUGUUGAUAGCAUCUAACUUCGAGCGUGGUUUGAUAUUACCCACCAUAUGGUGGAAGACACACAUUGAGGACAAGGAUAGUAUUGAAGAAUUCACAUUUUGGGUUGAUGAUUAUCCUUGGACAAUGUUUGUGACAAUCGAAGCUGAAAAUGUUUGGAUUAGUAGUGGCUGGGAGACAUUUGCCCGUGCAAAUGAGCUUUCUGUUGGGACUGUGUGUAGGUUCGAUCUGCUUCCCUGGCCGGCAAAAACUUUCCACGUCACUUUCUCGAGGUAGUCGUUCAUGCCGUUGAUACGCUCAUGGAAAAAAUGGAAAUCACUUUGGCCACAGAGUUAAUUGUUAGUCUUUACUUAAAAUAUGUAUUUCCUGCUUCUUAAUAAAAUUUAUCGGCUUGUUAGAA